AUGAAGCUGUCUCUCUUCGCCUCCGUCGUUCUCGCUGGCCUUGUUGCUGCUCAGCAAGAGAAGCUUCCCAAGUGUGCUCAACCCUGUGUUGACCAGUACACCACCGGCGGCGGCGUCGCUGGAUGCGGCCAGCUUGACAUCAAGUGCAUCUGCAGCAACCAGAACUUCCUCUCUGGAAUCGCCUGCUGUCUCGACGAGAAGUGCGAUACCGUGGGCAAGGAGACCGCCGUCAAGUACGCCAAGCAGAUCUGCGCAACCGCUGGCGUGACCGACCUUCCCGACGACGUGAAGUGUGACAAGAGCGCCGCGUCUGGCACCGCAACUGGUGCUACCACCCCUACCUCGAGCGACAGCAGCAGCACGGCCUCGGCCACUGGCGACAGCGCCAGUGUUGACAACGCUGGUUCGCGCGAGGGCGCUGCUGGUUUCAUCGGUGUCGGAAUGGCUAUGCUGCUUGCCCUGUAA